AUGGCUUCAUCAACAAAUCAAUUGUACAAAAAACGUAGCAAUGUGUGGAAUCAUUUCACACUUACAAAUGGGAAUAUGGCAAAAUGCAACUAUUGUAAUGAAAAAAAAAGUUUUUCUGGGGGAUCAACAGGCAAUCUUUUAAGGCACAUUAAAACAAAGCAUGUCACAGUUCCACUGCAAAGAUCAACACCACAGGUAGCAGAGGAAUCAAACUCUGAGUACCUUGACAAUCCACAACCAUCGACAUCCACUUCUCAAUCUACAUCUGCAAUAGUUCAUUCUUCUAUAACAUCUUCGUCUUCAAUAAUUCAAAACAAAAAUAAUUAUCAAUCAUCUAUAGCAAAUUUCAUUAAUCGCCCUCUGCCAUUAUGUAAAUCUGUAUCAAUUGACCAUCAAUUAAUAAAAAUGAUAGUAAAAGAGUAUCACCCCUUUAGCAAAGUCAAAGAUAAAGAGUUCAGAAAAUUAUUGAAUAUGCUGUCCCCUAAUUACAUAAUUCCUUCCAGAAAAACAGUUUCUAAUAGUUUAAUGCCCCAAAUGAAUAAUCAAAGUUUUUUGGCAGUAACUGCUCAUUUCAUAGAUCCAGAUAAUGUCACUGAAUUAUCUUCAGUUUUGUUAGCAUGUACUAGUUUUGAAGAAAGUCAUACAGCUGAUAAUUUAGCUUCGUUUUUGAAAAAUACCGUAGAUGAGUGGGGAUUGAGUCAGCGUAUAACUGUUGUAGUAUCGGACAAUGCUGCAAAUAUUAAAAGUGCAAUUGAAAAAUGCAAUUGGAGACGGUUGUCAUGUUUUGCGCAUGAUAUCAAUUUAAUUGUCCAUUGUGGAUUGGAUAAAAUUGAGACUGUUGUAACAAAAAUUAAAGACAUUGUAUCUUACUUUAAAAGAAGUUCUCAUGCAUUAGCUAAAGCCUAAAUUGCAGGAAUAUCAAAAACAAACCGGGAAUCCAAUUGUAAAGUUGAAACAAGAUUGCCUAACACGGUGGAACUCAACUUUUGAUAUGUUCGAUAGAAUAUUGAGAAUAAAGGAGCCAAUAAUUGCAACAUUAG